UCGCCAAUUGCAGCAUUACUGGAGAUCAAUGGCAGCCUCCCUGGGAGGUACCCGAUCAUUCGCAUCGUCCACAGCUCCGAAGAUGAAACACUUCACACCAUCUGCUGCAGCAGAUGCCGCCACCCAUGCUGGUCACCAUUACAACAAGUUUGCGAUAAUCGGAGAGUUUGCACCGGUGUACGUGGUGCUGGGAAUGGUGGUGGUUGCAUUGUCAAUUGGAGGGCACACAGCCAAGCAGCAACUGGUGAAUUCUCCAUCUGUUCACGUCUCCAAGAAGAGGAGAGGAAGCUUUCCAGAAGCGGCGGAUCCUGAACGUUCACUUGCCAAAGCUGACAAGUUUGUGAACAAAUCUUUCCUGAGAAAGGUUGGUCACAUCCAGGAACGCAAUCCCGUCCUUGCUGAUACUUCGCGUCCCGAUCCUUUCACCAGGCCAAGGAAUGCAGAAACUCUGAAGUCAGUAGGGGUGGAACCCGGCCGCAACUGAUCUGUGACUGCAACUGAUACAUCUUCAUCCAGUAUUUUCAAUAUGGUCAUUCUAUAUUUCUAUAACAUAAUAAUGGUGUCACAUUGUACAUAAAAUUUGUAAAACUCUUUUGACUCUUUUUUUCCCUUCCUUUCCCAAGUGUUGAUAGAUUUCAAAUGCUACAAGAGCCCUCACUUGCUAAGUUGUACGGCAGUGAUGAGGCUAAGAUUGUUUGUUAUUCAUUUCGUUUAAAUAAACAGACACCAAUUGAUCUGUACUUACAGCUCUAUACAACAGCCAAUUUGUGUACUGAAUUCUAUAGGCUAGCAUACAUAUUCAGAUCGUAGGUUUCCCUUUAGAACUUCCGACGACCGGCUGAAUAGGAUCUCAAAUUCACAUUGAUAGAUUAUUACUAACAAAAGUAUCAUCUUAGCAGUUAUCUGGUAGAUGUAAAAUAUAAAACUACCUGAAAAAUGAAGCUAGGUAACACACAUAUAGCAGCAACACAAGACACUCCACUAGCUUUCCUGCUCUGUGAAGGCCAGAAAUUAGGGGAAAAAGAGUGCAGCAGCUAAAGUAUGAUACAAGCACCAUAGAACUAAUGGUUAUCAAUUGUAUUGUUCCACAUUUAUCAAUGACUCAGCAACCAAUGCAUGAAUAGCAGGGAGGGAUUCAUAAUGCCGCAAGAACAAAAUGCAACCACAGAAA